AUCUAAUUUUAAAAAAUGGUAUCCACGCGAGGACCAAAAUUCAAAUUUUGUGAUGGAGAAAAAGUUUUGUGUUAUGAACCAGAUCCGACGAAAGCAAAAGUACUUUACGACUCGAAAGUCCUGGAUGUCAUUAUAAACAAAGAUCAGAGAGGGAGAAAAGCAGUCGAAUAUCUCAUACAUUUUCAGGGUUGGAAUUCUUCCUGGGAUAGGUGUGUCACCGAAGAAUAUGUUCUGAAAGAUACGGAAGAGAAUCGUCAAUUACAAAGAGACUUGGCACAAAAAGCACAACUUCAAUUAGGAGCAUAUCUAUAUCGUCGUGAGAGAAAAAAUCGUAGCCACAAGCUCUCUGAUCGUUCUGGGAUCGAGUCAAGACGAAGAGCACGGAGCGGAGGUAGUCGAGCAGCAUCUGGCACUACAGGUUCGUCCGAGGAUGGAAGUUCAGGACAGCAUGAUGAUUAUGACACAGAAGAAGUCAUUACGGAGGAGGAAUCGGAGAGUAGUUCCGAUUUUGGUGGUCCGUCGAGCGACGACGAGGACAGUGGAGGUGGGAGUCAAUCAGGAGCGAGUACCAGGCCUGGAAUUGAUCUCGAUAUUGGAAACACCCUGAGGAGAAUUCUCGAUCAGGAUUAUGAACUCAUAAAUCACAAGCACAAACUUGCAGUCUUACCAGCUCAACCAACUGUGGCGAAUAUCCUAGAAUCGUGGGUUCAACAUUUUACAACGACACAAUUAACAAACAUCCAGGAAAAAUCUCAACGCAACAAAACGAACAAUACUGUCGAGAAAAUCGUCAAUGAUGUCAAUAUAUGUCGAGAAGUAGCCGAUGGUUUACGCAUAUACUUUGACUUUACAUUGCCAAAUCUUUUGCUCUAUCGACAAGAGAGAGAACAGUACAAUGCGUUUAAGUCAUCAGGACUGUUCACUGAAAACACUCCGCCAAUAAAAGAAGAGUUGAUGGAAAAUCCAGAUAUGAUAAUUAAAGAAGAAAUAGAAGAUCCCGAGUACGCGCACCUUCCCCCAUUUCGAGAACACGAGUCUGAGGUCGAAUGCCAAUCGAAGCCGAUAUGCUCCAAACGAAUAUUACGAUCUUGCAGAAUUAGCUCGGCUGAUGAUAAUCGUCAAUUGCGGUCUUACGAGGACGUUAUCAAACAAGAACCAGGCAGUGUUUCGAGUAUAGCCAGUACAAGUUCGCGUUGUUCGAGUCCACGUGGUGUAAUAACACGGCCGGUUCUUAAUUCGGUGCAAAUAGGGGCACUCCUUCAUGAAUCGAACAAAUGGCGACUGAUGCCCGUUUCUGCCAAAGAAGUAAAUUCGCCUAGCCCUUCGACGUAUUUCGGGGCUGUACACCUCGCUCGUCUUUUCGUUAAACUACCCGACCUCCUGCAAGUUACGGACAUUCCAGAGAAGAAAUUAAAAGUCUUAUUGAAACAUUUGGACAUGUUCUUAAGUUAUUUGGAAAUGCAUCGAGAGUGGUUUGGUGAGCAAUUUUAUACGCAAACAGAAACACAACCUGUUCAGCAAUCAUAAAAAUACAGACUAAUUAUAAAACGAAAUGAAAGAAAAAACGGUCCUCCGAUGCUCACGAUAUGGAGAAAAACGUCGUUCAUCGAGUUCAGUAAGAAAGUCGAUAAUAAUUUGGGUAUUUGAAUUGACGAUUGUAUCGUACAGCUUGAUACUCAUGAUAUACCUUAGUACCUUGGGAUAUUCAAACCCAAUUACCUAAGGAUCAAAGAAACCGAGGAAGACAUUGCCCAAUUUUAAAAAUCAAUAUAUUGUGAAAACAGGUAUUUCGUAUUCAGAGUGUAAAUUUAAUCAUGAUCUUAGUGACUAGAAAUUUUGCGUGUACAAAUUUAAAUUUUUAAUGGAAAGAAUAUGUGAAAUAGAUUUGUAAUAUUACUCUGACCUUUUAUUUCAAUUCUCCAAAUAAAUUAAUUGUCAAAGGUAGUUGGAAGCGAUAAAUGUAUGAUCUGGAAGAUGUUCGAAGUGUAAAAAAGUUCAUUCAUUGUCAACUGUUCGAUCACUCUGCGAACAUACGUGAAUGAACGAUCAUGCAUAAAUCUGGUAUACAAUUAUUCAUAUAAAUGUACAUUGAAAUCCACCAUCUUUAUACUCUUAAUCCUAUAAACACUAUGAAUAAAUAAUUAAAACAAACGAACAUGACAACAACAAAAUGCAAAA